CAUAAAAACUAUGAUCCGUACCCGCCUACAUAAAAGUUUAUGUUUACAAGUACGUAAGUACGUUCAUAUCAUACGUACGUGUGGUGUUCUGUCUGCUCCAACACAGAGCUAUCUAGAAGGAUAGUGAACGACUAGACAAUGACAGAGUACUAGAUCGAGUGGUAAUGGCAGAGGGCAGUAGGAAAGUGAGAGCCUCGUACACACUACAGUUCAAGAUGGGCGUGGUCGAGUGGGUGGAGUCCACAGGAGCAAGCCUCCGUGCAGCCGCUAGAAAAUUCUCCGUCGAUCGGAAAAUGAUUCGAAGUUGGAUAGGCAGCAAAGAACGAAUGAAGUCAGCGCUACUAGCUCGUGGCCCUGGAAUGCGGAAACUACACGAGGGGAGAUCCCCUAUUUCCGAGGAACUGGACAAACUGGUAUCAGGGCAGUACAUAUCGGAACUGAACGAUGGCAAGACUCUGAGCAAUAAAGAAAUUAAAGAAUGUGCUUUAAAGUUCGCUGGAUUGCUUGGAUUGAGUGAGUUCAAGGCAACAUCGUCGUGGGUUACGAGAUGGAGGGGGCGGUGUGGAAUAGAACCAGAACGCGAUGGUUUUGGAAUUAAACUUGAAAACGAGACUGUUGCCACAUUAUUGCACAUAGCAUCCACUCUACUGUCGCAAGUUAGACCCAGUGAGGUUGUGAACUUAUCGUGUCGGCAAAUGAACCAAUCAGUGCCCAGUAUAGUAUCACCUGACCUACCACUAGAGAACGUCUACAUUGAUUAUAGCACUCCUGAGCACAACUAUUGCAAACCCUCUACAGCUAUGUCCAAUGAUAACGAUGAUACUGUGAUGUCGAAGCAGCUAUCACUUGACACACUGAUGGACUGCCACAUCAUGACUGGGGCAGGAGACUCACCCAUGUAUGACCUAACUCAUGAGAGCUUCACUGAACCAACAUUGGAGUGCGAAGUUGCUGAAAUGGAUUUACCUUAUAGCGCUGAAAUUGAGAUAUUACAAGACAUUUUUACAAAGGUCAAAGGUGGCUCUGACCUCAAUGCACGUUCCACGUCGCCUCCGUUCUUCCCACAUUUAACCUUUGACCUGGAUGACCCCCAGAGUCACGGUGGCUUGCUGGCUAGUAGGAUGCUACAACCUGUGUUCCCUGAUGAACCUGAGAUUGUGUACCUGGACAUGCAGUUAGGCAUGCUACACAGCAUACACUAAAUCAUUUGUGUCAUUAUAAUUCAAUUUUAAUUUCCUUUGCCUUAUUAUUUACUGUGUAUGGUGAAGUUACAAUAAUGUUGAUGUGUACAAUGUUGCAA